AUGAUCCUUAGCGGACUUGAAGUUGUCACCUGCCAAUUAGUGCGGAAUCUCCGCGGUGCCACCCAGCAACAACCCUGCGGCAUUGACCUCACCCUUCGUCAGAUUUCCGUAUGGACCUCCGCAGCGACCAUCGACUUCGAUAAUACGAAGCGCCAGGCGGCCAAAACCUCCAUCUUGCCGUUUGACAGCACAAGCCACGCCAUCACACUGCCCCCAGGCGCAUACUUGGUUGAUUUCAACGAAACCGUCCAGGUCCCACGGGACUGCAUGGGCAGCAUUUUCGCGCGGUCAUCCCUUUGGCGCUCCGGGGUGGGAAUCACGGCGGGUGUUGUCGAUGCCGGGUAUGAAGGUGCUCUUGGUGCCCUGAUCGAGGUCAAGAAUCCCCACGGUGUCGUCCUGUAUCGAGACGCCAAGCUCGCACAGAUUGUGUUUGAGGAGUUGAGCGAAGCGGUGGAAGGAUAUAAUGAUCAGCCAUACCCAGCAAUCCGCGCGGUUUUAUUCCCAGCCCGAUCAUCGAGUGGAUUGUCAGGUACUCCCAUUUCCAAUCCUGGGGACGGUGCGACAGUUGUUGCGGUUGUUGCAUCUACCCCAGUCUAUCUCUACUACCUCCUUCUCUACUCCUGCACAUGUAUUACUCCUACAGUGCACCAACACUGGCGUGAUUGGCCCUAA